AUGAAGGACAGACCUCACCACAAGGACACCUGGACAGGUAUCGCGGUGCAUAGACCUGACCAGGCCGCUGCCCACCACCAUUACUUGACGCGCCCAAAGCAUUCUCUAGCAUCGCAGGACUUGAAUGACGCACCUUCAAGCAACUCAAAACGUGGUUGGCCUAUUUUUGGCGUUGAGCAUCGGCCCAGUCUGGCGUCUAUGUCGACAGACCGUCAACCAUUAAUGAGAUCGGAGACGUGCUCGUCUAUGGCAUCUCACCAGAUUAUCCCAUCGCCCCAGCGCUCUUUCACGGACAAAUAUGGCCGGUGUCUUGAGAUCUUGCAUUACGGCACCAACUCCACUGUCCGUCUUCACAAUUACAGGACGGAAGGAGGCAAACUAAAGCAGCUUUUCGCUGUCAAAGUUUACCGAUAUAACAUCCUAGACGCAUCAAGCCCCGUGUCGAAUUCCUCCUGUGAUACCUCAUCCAUUCCCAAUGUGCACCCUCGUCACCCAAACAUCCUCUCGAUAACCGACCUCCUCUACAAUGAACGCUCGGAGCUUUGUCUGGUCAUGCCCUACUGCACAGGGGGUGAUCUUCACGAACUACUCUCCCGCAACGGUCCCCUUCCAACACCCGAGGCCGAUUGCCUAGUCGCUCAGAUCCUCCGCGCCCUAGACUUUCUGCACCAGCACGACACAGCACAUCGCGAUGUCCGGCUCGAAACAGUACUAUUGACCAAAAAUGGAGCAGUCAAGCUGGCCGGCUUUGGAGACAGUCACGUCCAUCGCAUAUGGUCAGAAUGUGCCACGCCACGAGAACCCGACGACACCCUACCUUCGGACCGCCCACAUCCCCAAUCCUCAGUAUCAUGGUCCUUUUCUUGGAUGUUGUCGUCUUUUUCCCGCUCCAGUCCCCCUCGGCGUGCCUCAGUAGACACUACAAGCUCCACUGCCUCAUUCCCUGGCAUGAGUCUCCCUUAUACAUCCCCAGAAGCAUUCCGUUCUCGGUCACGUCGCUCUCCCAGCGAAGACAGCGAUGAAGAUGCGCAUUACUUUGACCCCCGUCCGACCGAUGUGUGGGCAGCUGCAAUAAUCUACAUGACUCUGGUAACUGGCCGCCUCGUAUGGCGCAGUGCGCGUCCUGACCGCGAAGAUUCGAGGUACCUGGAGUACCUGCAGGGUCGGUAUGCGGAAGAUGGAUACCCGCCGAUUGAGGCUUUAGGAAACAGACGUCGAAACGCCAUAUAUGCAAUGUUACACCCCAAUCCACGGAGACGCAUAACAACAAGGAACAUGCUGCGUUCGGAAUGGAUGAGUGGUGUAUCAGUAUGCGAGGCUGGAGACAAGGGCUAUUGA